GCUGCACAACACAAGAAAUAGUGAAACAAUUCCCAUCUGUUUCUUGUGGGCCUUCCGGAAUUCUCGCCCUCGUUUGAGAAUUUUCUCUUGCAGACUUCAAUGACUAUACGACAACGUUUUGUGACUGUUUGUUCGUCAUUUUGAAGGUGAAAAUGGGGAUCAUGGAUGUGAUCGACAUUUGCAGCAUUAUCUUCUGAGGAAAGGAGUUGAUAAUAAGCAUAUUUGGUUAGUUUUUGGAUUGUAGCUCCUUUUCUGGUCAGCUUGUUCAUAGGCUGGUGUUGUUUGUAAUUUAUUUGGUGCUUCAUUAGUAAUCAAAUGUUACAUGCUCUGUUCCUGUGUUGAUACUUGAUCUUGUUGUUGCAUUGAUGGAUGGGAGGCGGCAUUCCAUUGAUUUACCGAUUUCAAGAACGUUGUUUGCGCUUAGGCGAGUGAGGUCCCUCCGGGAUCCAUCCACCAACUCGAUGAGCAGAUUGUCUGCUUUGGUUGACAAUCUGAAUUGGGAGACAAAAUCAAGUGGUGCAAUUGUCUUAGGAUUUGAGAAUGGCUGCAGUGGAGACAGCGAUGAUGACAGCAAUUUUGAGUUGAAAAGCUCGAGAUUGUUCAUGGAGGAUGAGGAGAAACGUCUGUGUGAGCAUGAGCUGGAUCCUGACUGGAGGAACCAGGAAACAAUGUGUGUGAAAGAAGAGAGUAGAAUGCAGUGCAAGGAGAACGGGGGUGAUGUAUUGCAAACUGACUCCCUUGGGUCUAUGGGUGACUAUGUUCGCAAUAAGGGUCUGUGUGCUCGACCAAAGAGAAGACUGAAGCAAGCGGAUAAGGUGUGUCGUGGAAAAUCAAAAUGUAGCAGUUGGAAUAGGAAGCAUAAUAGAUUGUCUAGAGUUAGAGCUGGUGAUGCUUUGAGUUCUGAUGUCAGCUCAUGUUAUUCUGCAAGUGAUGCUUCGAUGGAAGGCUUGAGUGGUGGUGUGCCGUUUUAUGCUAGUGCAGACUUGGGCAUGAUGGGGUCGAGGAUGAGAAACUGCCGGUCGGGAACUUCAAAACCUAUAGAGCCAAAACCCCUAGCUGAUUUGGAAGAACGGCCUCUCCUGUUAACGGAAGAGAGGAUGGGCUGCCUGCAAAAUCGUGUAGGAAUCGACUCUUGUUUGGAAACUCCUAGAAGCCUAUGCCAGAAGUUUAUGCCGAAGUCGUUCAAAGAAUUGGUGGGGCAAAAUGUAGUUGUGAAAUCUCUUUUGAGUGCAGUUUCUAGUGGGAGGAUAGCUUCUUUGUAUCUUUUUCACGGUCCACGGGGAACGGGAAAAACAUCUGCUGCUAGAGUGUUUGCGGCUGCAUUAAACUGUCUCUCUCCUGGGAUUGAAAAACCGUGUGGCUUAUGCCGGGAUUGCGUCCUGUUCUUCUCGGGGAGGAGUAGUGAUGUGAAGGAAGUUGAUUUAGUUGAAAUCAACAAGAUGGGUAGCUUCAGAUCACUUAUUAAGAAUGUUGAUGUUCCACCGAUAUUCUCGAGGUUUAAGGUCUACAUUGUCGAUGACUGCCACUUGUUGCAAAGGGAAACGUGGGUGGCUUUGGGUGACAAGAUGGAGGAGCUUCUGCCACAUGUGGUUUUCAUUGCAGUCACCCCGGAUCUUGACAAGCUACCAAGCAGCAUCGUGUCAAAGGCACAGAGAUACAAUUUUCAGAUUGUAAAAGUUGCUGACAUUGCCAGCAGGUUGCACUUGAUAUGUAAAGAAGAAGGUGUUGAAAUUGACGAGGAUGCUUUGAAUUUUGUAGCGAGUAAAUCGAAUGGAUCAGUCAGGGAUGCAGAGACGAUGCUUGACCAGUUGAGUCUGCUUGCAAAGAAGAUCACUAUGUCAUUGGUUUACGAAGUUAAUGGAGUCGUCUCCGAUGCUGAAUUGCUCGAUUUACUUCACUUAGCAUUGUCUUCUGAUGCCUCAAACACAAUAAAAAAGGUCAGGGAGUUGAUAGCUUCUAGAAUAGAUCCUUUGCAACUUAUAUCGCAAUUGGCCAGUCUCAUAACGGACAUUCUAGCUGGAAAAUGUGAUGGUGAGAUUGAUAGGAAGCUUUUCGGACUUCAGAAAUCCGGAGCUGAACUAGAGCAACUCAGACACGCGCUAAAGAUACUCUACGAGACAGAUAAGCAAUUGAGAACGUCGAAGAAUCAGACAAUGUGGCUCACUGUAGCUCUUCUGCAGCUCAGCUCAGCAGGUGCUUCACACGAUGAGGAUGCUCCGAGACUGAGCUCGAAAGUAUUGCACGCUCAAGAGGGCGAAUCUCAUCGUAUGUCAACUGACGAAUGUUGGAAGCAUCCUGUGACAAGUUCAUGUGAAAAUGCUUCUCAGUAUGAAGUCGAAACUUUGGAGUUGAUUUGGAUUAGAGCCACCAGAAUAUGCGAAUCCAGUUCUGUCAAAAAUUUCCUUCAAAAACGAGGGAAGUUGGUGUCCGUUCGUCUAAUCCAAGGUGUGGCAGUGGCUGAUCUCGAGUUUGAUCACCCUGAUCACGUCUCUAGAGCUGAGAAGUCUUGGAAAGUGAUUGCAGGCGUGCUUCAACGUAUCCUAGGCUACAAUGUCGAGCUUAGAAUUAAUCUAGCAAACAGCGCCUCGAAGUUGAAGAAGCCCUCUCUCAACUUGUUCAGCUGCUCGCGUAGAGUGUAUCUCCAGUCGCAUUUCUGUGCAGAAUGCGGCAGCAGUGCUUCAGAGUACUCGAUUCACACCCCCACAGCAUUCCUGACCAGGGAUAGGUACCUGCAAACAAGGUCCCUUGACCGUGAGCCCCAAAUCCUCCAUACGUGCUGCCAUGGCAACGAGGUGGUUUCUAGCAUCCGGAAUAGUGAUGGAAAUGCUUUAAGCAUUGGAAUCAAAACUCCCCAGAAAUCAGUGGUUGAUAGCAUGGAUAGAGAGGUUCCCCCUGGAUCGGAUACUUUUUGCAACGGGAUCGAAAAUUUAGCAUACAUCAAGCGUGAAAGUCGAUCAAGAAGAAGCGAGUCGUGGAGGUGCUGUUGGAGAACCGUCAUAUUUCCUUUUCGGAAGGCUCAAACCAUUUUAUCGAAGAAACUAUGCUAAUGAAGGAUUGUUUUUGUAUCAAGUUAGGUAGGCUGACAUAGGCAUCAAACUUUUCAUUUGUAAUUGUCUUGUUUGAUGGCCAUUUUAUUCUACUAGGAUGAAUUUGAACAUUUUAAUGGCUAUCUAUUCCUAAGUUAAUUUGACAGUA